CCCAGUUCCCUCCCUGCCCGUCCGUGCCCCCCACCUGUGCCAGUCCCCAGGAUGGGUGCCCUGAGCACGUGCCGGACGCUGGUGUUGGCUCUGGCGGCCGUGCUCCUGGUGCAGCAGGCAGAGACCCAGGGCCCUGCGGAGCCGAGCUGGGGCAGUGCAGGGCACACCACAGAUGGCGGUGCCCCGAUGGCCUCGCCCACCCGGCGUGUGAGCUUUGUUCCACCCGUCACUGUCUUCCCCAGCCUGAGCCCCCUGAACCCGGCACACAACGGGCGGGUGUGCAGCACCUGGGGCGACUUCCACUACAAGACCUUCGACGGUGACGUCUUCCGCUUCCCCGGCCUCUGCAACUACGUGUUCUCCGAGCACUGCGGCGCCGCCUAUGAGGACUUCAACGUCCAGCUACGCAGAGGCCUGGUGGGCUCCAGGCCUGUGGUCACCCGUGUUGUCAUCAAGGCCCAGGGGCUGGUGCUAGAGGCGUCCAAUGGCUCUGUCCUCGUCAACGGGCAGCGGGAGGAGCUGCCUUACAGCCGCACUGGGCUCCUGGUGGAGCAGAGUGGGGACUACGUCAAGGUCAGCAUCCGGCUGGUCCUGACCUUCCUGUGGAACGGAGAGGACAGUGCCCUGCUGGAGCUGGACCCCAAAUACGCCAACCAGACCUGUGGCCUGUGCGGGGACUUCAACGGCCUCCCAGCCUUCAACGAGUUCUAUGCCCACAAUGCCAGACUGACCCCGCUCCAGUUUGGGAACCUGCAGAAGUUGGAUGGGCCCACGGAGCAGUGCCCGGACCCGCUGCCCUUGCCAGCCAGCAACUGCACAGAUGAGGAAGGCAUUUGCCACCACACCCUGCUGGGGCCGGCCUUUGCGGAGUGCCAUGCACUGGUGGACACUGCCCCGUACCUGGCUGCCUGCGCCCAGGACCUGUGCCGCUGCCCCACCUGCCCGUGCGCCACCUUUGUGGAAUACUCACGCCAGUGCGCCCACGCGGGGGGCCAGCCGCAGAACUGGAGGCGCCCUGAGCUCUGCCCCCGGACCUGCCCCGUCAACAUGCAGCACCGGGAGUGUGGCUCACCUUGCGUGGACACCUGCUCCAACCCCCAGCGCGCACAGCUCUGCGAAGACCACUGCGUGGACGGCUGCUUCUGCCCCCCAGGCACGGUGCUGGAUGAUGUCACGCACUCUGGCUGCCUGCCCCUCGGGCAGUGCCCCUGCACCCACGGCGGCCGCACCUACAGCCCGGGCGCCUCCGUCAACACCACCUGCAGCUCCUGCACCUGCUCUGGGGGGCUGUGGCAGUGCCAGGACCUGCCGUGCCCUGGCACCUGCUCCGUGCAGGGCGGGGCCCACAUCACCACCUACGACGAGAAACUUUACGACCUGCAUGGCGACUGCAGCUACGUUCUGUCCAAGAAAUGUGCUGAUGGCAGCUUCACCGUGCUGGCCGAACUGCGGAAGUGUGGACUGACGGACAACGAGAACUGCCUGAAGGCCGUGACGCUCAGCCUGGACGGCGGGGACACGGCCAUCCGGGUCCAGGCAGACGGCAGCGUGUUCCUCAACUCCAUCUACACGCAGCUGCCCCUGUCGGCAGCCAACAUCACCCUGUUCACACCCUCGAGCUUCUUCAUCGUAGUGCACACAGGCCUCGGGCUGCAGCUGCUGGUGCAGCUGGUGCCGCUCAUGCAGGUGUUUGUCAGGCUGGACCCCGCCCACCAGGGCCAGAUGUGCGGCCUGUGUGGGAACUUCAACCAGAACCAGGCUGACGACUUCGCAGCCCUCAGUGGGGUGGUGGAGGCCACAGGCGCAGCCUUCGCCAACACCUGGAAGGCCCAGGCCACCUGCACCAGUGCCAGGAACAGCUUUGAGGACCCCUGCUCCCUCAGUGUGGAGAAUGAGAACUACGCCCGGCACUGGUGCUCACGCCUGACUGACCCCACCGGCUCCUUCUCGCGCUGCCACUCCGUCAUCAACCCCAAGCCCUUCCACUCGAACUGCCUGUUUGACACCUGCAACUGUGAGCGGAGCGAGGACUGCCUGUGCGCCGCGCUGUCCUCCUAUGUGCACGCCUGUGCCGCCAAGGGCGUGCAGCUCAGCGGCUGGAGGGACGGCGUCUGCACCAAGUACAUGCAGAACUGCCCCAAGUCCCAGAGCUAUGCCUACGUGGUGGACGCCUGCCAGCCGACUUGCCGAGGCCUGAGUGAGGCCGACGUCACCUGCAGCGUUUCCUUUGUGCCUGUGGACGGCUGCACCUGCCCCACGGGCACCUUCCUCAAUGACGCGGGCGCCUGUGUGCCCGCCCGGGAGUGCCCCUGCUACGUUCACGGCACCGUGCUGGCUCCUGGAGAGGUCGUGCACGACGAAGGCGCUGUGUGUUCGUGUGAGGGUGGGAAGCUGAGCUGCCUGGGAGCCUCUCUGCAGAAAAGCACAGGGUGUGUGGCCCCCAUGGUGUACCUGAACUGCAGCAACAGCUUGGCGGGCACCCCUGGGGCCGAGUGCCUCCGAAGCUGCCACACGCUGGACGUGGGCUGUUUCAGCACACACUGCGUGUCCGGCUGUGUCUGUCCCCCGGGGCUGGUGUCAGAUGGGAGUGGGGGCUGCAUCGCCGAGGAGGACUGCCCCUGCGUGCACAACGAGGCCACCUACAAGCCUGGAGACACCAUCAGGGUCGACUGCAACACCUGCACCUGCAGAAACCGGAGGUGGGAGUGCAGCCACCGGCUCUGCCUGGGCACCUGCGUGGCCUACGGGGAUGGCCACUUCAUCACCUUUGAUGGCGAGCGUUACAGCUUUGAAGGCAGUUGCGAGUACAUCCUGGCCCAGGACUACUGUGGGGACGACGCCACCCACGGGACCUUCCGCAUCGUCACCGAGAACAUCCCCUGUGGGACCACCGGCACCACCUGCUCCAAGGCCAUCAAGCUCUUCGUGGAGAGCUACGAGCUGAUCCUCCAGGAGGGUGCCUUUAAGGCAGUGGCGAGGGGGCCGGGCGGGGACCCGCCCUACAAGAUCCGCUACAUGGGGAUCUUCCUGGUCAUCGAGACCCGCGGGAUGGCCGUGUCCUGGGACCGGAAGACCAGUGUGUUCAUCCGACUGCACCAGGACUACAAGGGCAGGGUCUGCGGCCUGUGCGGGAACUUCGACGACCAUGCCAUCAAUGACUUUGCCACGCGUAGCCGGUCUGUGGUGGGGGACGCACUGGAGUUUGGGAACAGUUGGAAGCUCUCCCCGUCCUGCCCAGACGCCCUGGCGCCGAAGGACCCCUGCACGGCCAACCCCUUCCGCAAGUCCUGGGCCCAGAAGCAGUGCAGCAUCCUCCACGGUCCUACCUUCGCCGCCUGCCGCUCCCAGGUUGACUCCACCAAGUACUACGAGGCCUGCGUGAACGACGCGUGUGCCUGUGACUCGGGUGGUGACUGCGAGUGUUUCUGCACGGCUGUGGCUGCCUACGCCCAGGCUUGCCACGACGCGGGCCUGUGUGUGUCCUGGCGGACUCCGGACACCUGCCCUUUGUUCUGUGACUUCUACAACCCACACGGGGGCUGUGAGUGGCACUACCAGCCCUGCGGGGCACCCUGCCUAAAAACCUGCCGGAACCCCAGUGGGCACUGCCUGGUGGACCUGCCUGGCCUGGAAGGCUGCUACCCGACGUGCCCACCCAGCCAGCCCUUCUUCAAUGAGGACCAGAUGAAGUGCGUGGCCCAGUGUGGCUGCUACGACAGGGAUGGAAACUACUAUGACGUUGGCGCAAGAGUCCCCACAGCGGAGAACUGCCAGAGCUGUAACUGCACGCCCAGUGGCAUCCAGUGCGCUCACAGCCUUGAGGCCUGCACCUGCACCUAUGAGGACAGGACCUACGGCUACCAGGACGUCAUCUACAACACCACCGAUGGGCUUGGUGCCUGUUUGAUCGCCAUCUGUGGAAGCAACGGCACCAUCGUCAGGAAGGCUGUGGCAUGUCCUGGAACUCCGGCCACAACGCCAUUCACCUUCACCACUAGCUGGGUCCCCCACUCCACGACAAGCCCGGCCCUCCCAGUCUCCACUGUGUGUGUCCGCGAGGUCUGCCGCUGGUCCAGCUGGUACAACGGGCACCACCCAGAGCCUGGUCUGGGAGGCGGAGACUUCGAGACAUUUGAAAACCUGAGGCAGAGAGGGUACCAGGUGUGCCCUGUGCCAGCCGACAUCGAGUGCCGGGCAGGGCAGCUUCCCGACAUGCCACUGGGAGAGCUGGGCCAGCAGGUGGACUGUGACCGCGUGAGGGGGCUGAUGUGCGCCAACAGCCAGCAGAGCCCCCCGCUCUGUCACGACUAUGAGCUGCGGGUUCUCUGCUGUGAAUACGUGCCCUGUGGCCCCUCCCUGGCCCCAGGCACCAGCCCCCAGCCCUCCCUCAGUGCCAGCACGGAGCCUGCUGUGCCUACCCCUACCCAGACCACAGCAACCGAAAAGACCACCCUGUGGGUGAUCCCAAGCAUCCGGUCAACAGCAGCCCUCACCUCACAGACUGGGUCCAGCUCAGGCCCCACGACGGUCACCUCCCUGGCCCCAGGUACCACCACCUGCCAGCCCCGGUGUCAGUGGACAGAGUGGUUUGAUGAGGACUACCCCAAGUCUGAACAACUUGGAGGGGACGUUGAGUCCUACGAUAAGAUCAGGGCUGCAGGAGGGCACUUAUGUGAGCAGCCUAAGGACAUAGAGUGCCAGGCCGAGAGCUUCCCCAACUGGCCCCUGGCUCAGGUAGGGCAGAAGGUGCACUGUGACGUCCGCUUCGGCCUGGUGUGCAGGAACUGGGAGCAGGAGGGCAUAUUCAAGAUGUGCUACAACUACAGGAUCCGGGUCCUGUGCUGCAGCGCCGACCACUGCAGGGGACGAGCCACAACCCCACCACCGGCCACAUCGCUGGAGACGGCCACCACCACCACCCAGGUCCUGUUCUCAACGCUGCAGUCAACGAGUAGCCUGGGGGUGACCAGCACCACAGCAGUCCCCACCCUCUCAAAAGGACUGACAUCCCCCAGAUACACGGGCACCCUUGGUACAGCCACCACAGGAGGCCCCACGGUUCCUGCAGGCUCCACAGAACCCACUGUCCCAGGGGUGGCCACAUCCAACCUUCCAACACACUCAGUCCUGCCAGGGACCACGGGGAGUUCGGGCACAUGGCAUCCCUCACAGCCACCCACGCCAGCCCCAACGACAAUGGCAACCUCCAGAGCUCACCUGACAGGCACAGCCAGCUCCAGCUCCAAACAGCCGCUGACCACGAGCCUGGCGCCGACACUCUCGAGCGAACUGUUCACCUCUCAGGCCGAGACCAGCACCCCCAGGACAGAGACGACACUGAGCCGCUUGACUGAGACCACCACUAGCCAGAGCACUACCCGCUGUCAACCGAAGUGUGAGUGGACAGAGUGGUUUGACGUGGACUUCCCAACCUCAGGGGUCGCAGGCGGGGACAUGGAAACUUUUGAAAACAUCAGGGCUGCUGGGGGCAAGAUGUGCUGGGCACCAAAGAGCAUAGAGUGCCGGGCGGAGAACUACCCCGAGGUGAGCAUCGACCAGAUCGGGCAGGUGCUGACCUGUAGCCUGGAGACGGGGCUGAUCUGCAAGAAUGAGGACCAGACAGGCAGGUUCAACAUGUGCUUCAACUACAAUGUGCGUGUGCUCUGCUGUGACGACUACAGCCACUGCCCCCACACAGCCGCCCCCACGCCCACCUCCUCCACACAGGCACCCAGACUCACCUCCAUGGGGGCCACCAGCCCCACAGUGACUGCCUCCACAGCCAUUGCAACCUGGAGCACCAAGUCACCAGCAGUAACAGGAUCCUCAACUCUGGCCACCACUCAAACUGGCCCCAGCUUCUCCAAGACCACAGAGAGGGUGUCCCUCCCCAGUCCCUCUGCCCCUUUACCUUCCACCGCCAGCCUCCUCCCUACCAGGGAGCAGCAGACCUCCCAGGCUCCAUCCAUGCCCACCAGUCCAAUUGUGACCAGCACCCCCACAACGUCCCCCGUGGUGACCGCCCGUGUGCACACAACCCUGCGGACUUCCAGCUCUGGGCCCACCAUCAGGACGACCCUGCCCUCUGGCCCCCCGUCUCCCAGCACGGGCUGUGUGCCUCGCUGCACCUGGACAGACUGGUUUGAUGAGGACUACCCCAGCUCUGACCCUGAUGGCGGGGACUUUGAGACCUUUGGGGUCAUCCGCUCUGCUGGCCAUACCUUCUGCGAGCAUCCAUGGGACAUUGAGUGCCGCUCUGAGAAGGAGCCCAACCAACCCCUGGAGGCCCUGGGGCAGGUGGUGCAGUGUGAUGUGAGCAUUGGGCUGGUGUGUAGGAACCGUGACCAGUCUGGGCCCCUGUGGUACUGCCACAACUUUCAUGUGCGGCUGUUGUGCUGUGAUGACAGCCACUGUGCCAGCACUCCCACGAGCACCGGAUCCACGGCUACCACUCCCACAAGCACCGGAUCCACGGCUACCACUCCCACGAGCACUGGAUCCACGGCUACCACUCCCAUGAGCACCAGAUCCACGGCUACCACUCCCACGAGCACUGGAUCCACAGUUACCGUACCCAUGAGCACCGGUUCCAUGGCUACCACUCCCACGAGCACCGGAUCCACAGUUACCGUACCCAUGAGCACCGGAUCCACGGCUACCACUCCCACGAGCACCGGAUCCAUGGCUACCACUCCCACGAGCACCGGAUCCACGGCUACCACUCCCACGAGCACCGGAUCCACGGCUACCACUCCCACGAGCACCGGAUCCACAGUUACCACUCCCACGAGCACCGGAUCCACAGUUACCGUACCCAUGAGCACCGGUUCCACGGCUGCCACACCCAGGAGCACAGGCACCACAGCCAGGCGCUCCUCCACCCCAGGAACAGCUCACACUGUGAAAGUGCUGACCACCACAGCCAUCACAACCCAGGCCACCAGCUCCACAGCCACCCCCUCCUCCACCUCAAGCACUGCUCAGAGCCCCAAAGGGUUGACCACCACAGCCACCACAACUGUGGCUGCCAGCUCCACGGUGACUUCCCACCCCCCAGCAGGAACCACCGGUACCACCCUGGGUGGUACCACCUUGAUCUUCACAGAGCCAACCACUAAAGCCACCAUGACCACGCCCACCAGCUCCAUGGCCACCGCCUCCUCCAGCCAAGGAACAGCUCACACCCCAAAAGUGCUGAGCACCACAACCAUCACAACCAUGGCCACCACCUCCAAAGCCACCCCCUCCCACACCCCGGCAACUGCUGCCACCCCAAAUGUGCUGACCACCAUGACCACAACACCCACAGUCACCGGCUCCAAAGCCAUUCCCUCCUCCAGUCCAGGGACUGCACCCACCCUUCCAGCACUGACAAGCACAGCCACCACACCCACAGCUACAAGCUUUACAGCCAUCCCCUCUUCCUCUCUGGGGACCACCUGGACCCUCACAGCACAGACCACCACACCCACAGCCACCAUGUCCACAGGCAGACCCUCCUCCACUCCAGAGACUGCCCAUAUUUCCACAGUGCUUACCACCACGGCCACCACAACUGGGGCCACUGGCUCCAUGGCCACCCCCUCCUCCAGCCCAGGAACAGCUUACACUACCAAAGUGCUGACUACCACAACCAGGGGCUUCACAGCCACUCCCUCCUCUAGCCCAGGGACUGCACCCACACUUCCAGGGCGGAUCGGCACAAACACCACACCCACAACCAGCGGCUCCAUGGUGACCCCCUCCUCCAUCCCAGGGACCACCCACACCCCCACAGUGCUGACCAACACCACCACAACCGUGGCCACUGGCUCUAUGGUAACACCCUCCUCUAGCCCACAGACCACUGGUACACCCCCAGCACUGGCCACCACGGGCACGACAAUCACGGCCACAGGCUCCACCACCACCCCCUCCUCCGCUCCAGGGACAACUCCCAUCUCCCCAGUGCUGACCACCACGGCCACCACACCUGCAGCCACCAGCACCACAGUGGCUCCCUCCUCUGCCCUAGGGACCACCCAUACACCCCCAGUGCUGUCCACCAUGGCCACCACACAUGGGCGAUCCCAGCUCCCUGAGAGUCCCCGCAUGGUACCCACAGCCUGGACUUCCAUGGCCACCUCGGGCGCCACCCACAUCACAGAGCCAUCCACGGUGACUUCCCACACCCCAGUAGGAACCACCGGUACCACCCCACACUCGACUCCAGCCCUGUCCAGCCCUCACACUCACAGCAGAACCACUGAGUCACCCCUUUCUCCAGGGAAGACCACCCCGGGCCUCACCACGGCCACCUCCAGGACCACGGCCACGGCCACAACCAGCGAGACCCGUGCCUCGACCCUGCUGUCCAGCAGCCCCACAUCGGCCCCCACGACCCCGGUGGUGUCCACAGGCUGUGAGCCCCAGUGUGCCUGGUCAGACUGGCUGGACUACAGCUACCCCAUGUCGGGGCCCUCUGGCGGGGACUUGGAGACCUACUCCAACAUCCGCGCGGCUGGAGGGGCCGUCUGUGAGCAGCCCCUGGGCCUCGAGUGCCGCGCCCAGGCCCAGCCUGGUGUCCCCCUGCGGGAGUUGGGCCAGGUCGUGGAAUGCAGCCUGGACUUCGGCUUGGUCUGCAGGAACCGUCAGCAGGUGGGGAAGUUCAAGAUGUGCUUCAACUACGAAAUCCGUGUGUUCUGCUGCAACUACGGCCGCUGCCCCAGCACCCUGGCCACCAGCUCCAAGGCCACACCCUCCUCCACUCUGGAGACAACCGGGAUCCUCACAGAGCCAACCACUACAGCCAUCACAACAGUGGCCACGGGCUCCACAGCCAUGCCCUCCUCCACUCCAGGGACCACCGCGAUCCUCACAGAGCCAACCACUACAGCCAUCACAACAGUGGUCACGGGCUCCACUGCCAUCCCUUCCUCCACCUCAGGGACUACUCAAAUCACCAAAGUGUUUCCCACCACAACUGCAACGACUGAAGCCACUGGCUCCACGGCCAACCCCUCCUCCACCCCAGGGACCACCGGCUCCACAGCCACCUCCUCCUCCACUCCUGGGACCACCUGGAUCUUCACAGAGCCAACCACAACAUUGACCACGAAUGUGGCCACCAGCUCCACAGUCACCCCCUCCUCCACCCCAGCAACUGCUGCCACCUCAGAAUUGCUGACCACCAUGGCCACGAAACCCACAGCCACUGGCUCCAAAGCCACUGCCUCCACCAGUCCAGGGACUGCACCCACCCUUCCAGUUGUGCUGACAAGCACAGCCACCACACCCACAGCUACCAGCUUUACAGCCAUCCCAUCCUCCUCCCUGAGAACCACUUGGAACCUCACAGCACAGACCACCGCACCAACGGCCACCCUGUCCACAGCCCACGCCUCCUCCACUCCAAGGACCACCCACACCUCCACAGCGCUAACCACCACGGCCACCACAAUCCAGGCCACUGGCUCCACGGCCACCCUCCUCACCUCAGGAACAGCUCACACCUCUAAAGUGCUGACCACCAUGGCCAUCACCACAAGCUCCACAGCCACCCCCUCCUCCAGCCCAGGGACUGCAAGCACCCUUACAGCACUUAUCACCACAACCACCACACCCACAACCAGCAGCUACACAGUGACCCCCUCCUCCAUCCCAGGGACCACCCACACCCCGACAGUGCUGACCAACACCACCAUAACUGUGGCCACUGGCUCUAUGGCAACACCCUCCUCUAGCCCACAGACCACUGGUACACCCCCAGCACUGGCCACCACGGGCACGACAAUCACGGCCACAGGCUCCACCACCACCCCCGCCUCCACUCCAGGGACAACUCCCAUCUCCCCAGCGCUGACCACCACGGCCACCACACCUGCAGCCACCAGCACCACAGUGGCUCCCUCCUCUGCCCUAGGGACCACCCAUACACCCCCAGUGCUGUCCACCACGGCCACCACACAUGGGCGAUCCCAGCUCCCCGAGAGUCCCCGCACGGUACCCACAGCCCGGACUUCUGUGGCCACCUCGGGCACCACCCACAUCACAGAGCCAUCCACGGUGACUUCCCACACCCCAGUAGGAACCACCGGUACCACCCCACACUCGACUUCAGCCCUGUCCAGUCCUCACACUCACAGCAGAACCACUGAGUCACCCCUUUCUCCAGGGAAGACCACCCCGGGCCUCACCACGGCCACCUCCAGGACCACGGCCACAACCAGCAAGACCCACACCUCGACCCUGCUGCCCAGCAGCCCCACAUCGGCCCCCACAACCCCAGUGGUGUCCACGGGCUGUGAGCCCCAGUGUGCCUGGUCAGACUGGCUGGACUACAGCUACCCCAUGUCGGGGCCCUCUGGCGGGGACUUGGAGACCUACUCCAACAUCCGCGCGGCUGGAGGGGCCGUCUGUGAGCAGCCCCUGGGCCUCGAGUGCCGCGCCCAGGCCCAGCCUGGUGUCCCCCUGCGGGAGUUGGGCCAGGUCGUGGAAUGCAGCCUGGACUUCGGCUUGGUCUGCAGGAACCGUCAGCAGGUGGGGAAGUUCAAGAUGUGCUUCAACUACGAAAUCCGUGUGUUCUGCUGCAACUACGGCCACUGCCCCAGCACCCCGGCCACCAGCUCCAAGGCCACACCCUCCUCCACUCUGGGGUCAACCUGGAUUCUCACAGAGCCAACCACUACAGCCAUCACAACAGUGGCCACGGGCUCCACGACCAUCCCCUCCUCCACUCCAGGGACCACCGCGAUCCUCACAGAGCCAACCACUACAGCCAUCACAACAGUGGUCACGGGCUCCACAGCCAUUCCCUCCUCCACUACAGGGACUACUCGAAUCACUGAAGUUUUUCCCACCACAACCGCAAUGACUGCAGCCACUGGCUCCACGGCCAACCCCUCCUCCACCCCAGGAACCACCUGGAUCUUCACAGAGCCAACCACCACUGCCACCAUAACUGUGGCCACUGGCUCCAAGGCCACGCCCUCUUCCACUCCAGCAUCAACCUGGAUUCUCACAGAGCCGACCACUACAGCCGUCACAACAGUGGCCACGGGCUCCACGGCCAUGCCUUCCUCCACUCAGGGGACGACCGGGAGCCUCACAGAACCAACCAACACUGCCACCAUAACUGUGACCACCAGCUCCACAGCCAUGCCCUCCUCCACUCCAGGGAUGACCUCGAUCCUCACAGAGCCGACCACUACAGCCAUUACAACAGUGGCCACGAGGUCCACGGCCACGCCCUCCUCCACUCCGGAGACGGCCAGGAUCGUCACAGAGCCAACCACCACUGCCACCAUAACUGUGGCCACCAGCUCCACAGCCACGCCCUCCUCCACUCCAGGGACGACCUUGAUCCUCACAGAGCCGACCACUACAGCCAUCACAACAGUGGCCCCGGGCUCCACAGCCACGCCCACCUCCACUCUGGGGACGACCGGGAUCCUCACAGAGCCAACCACUACAACCAUCACAACAGUGGCCACAAGGUCCACGGCCACGCAUUCCUCCACUCCGGGGACAACCGGGAUCCUCACAGAGCCGACCACUACAGCCAUCACAACAGUGGCCCCGGGCUCCACAGCCACGCCCUCCUCCACUCCAGGGACCACUGGGAUCCUCACAGAGCCAACCACCACUGCCACCAUAACUGUGGCCACUGGCUCCACGGCCAUCCCCUCCUCCACUCCAGGGAUGACCUCGAUCCUCACAGAGCCAACCACUACAACCAUCACAACAGUGGCCACAGGCUCCACGGCCACGCCCACCUCCACUCCGGGGACGACCGGGAUCCUCACAGAGCCAACCACUACAACCAUCACAACAGUGGCCACGAGGUCCACGGCCACGCCUUCCUCCACUCCGGGGACAACCGGGAUCCUCACAGAGCCGAUCACUACAGCCAUCACAACAGUGGCCACGGGCUCCACGGCCAUCCCCUCCUCCACUCCAGGGAUGACCUCGAUCCUCACAGAGCCAACCACUACAGCCAUCACAACAGUGGCCCCUGGCUCCACAGCCACGCCCUCCUCCACUCCGGGGACGACUGGGAUCCUCACAGAGCCAACCACCACUGCCACCAUAACUGUGGCCACUGGCUCCACGGCCAUCCCCUCCUCCACUCCAGGGAUGACCUCGAUCCUCACAGAGCCAACCACUACAGCCAUCACAACAGUGGCCACGGGCUCCAUGGCCACGCCCACCUCCACUCCGGGGACGACCGGGAUCCUCACAGAGCCGACCACCACUGCCACCAUAACUGUGGCCACUGGCUCCACGGCCAUCCCCUCCUCCACUCCAGGGAUGACCUCGAUCCUCACAGAGCCAACCACUACAACCAUCACAACAGUGGCCACGAGGUCCACGGCCACGCCUUCUACUCCGGGGACAACCGGGAUCCUCACAGAGCCGACCACUACAGCCAUCACAACAGUGGCCACGGGCUCCACGGCCAUCCCCUCCUCCACUCCAGGGAUGACCUCGAUCCUCACAGAGCCAACCACUACAGCCAUCACAACAGUGACCACGGGCUCCACGGCCACGCCCUCCUCCACUCCGGGGACGACUGGGAUCCUCACAGAGCCAACCACUACAACCGUCACGACAGUGGCCACGAAGUCCACGGCCGUGCCCUCCUCCACUCCAGGGAAGACCUCAGUCCUCACAGAGCUGACCACUACAGCCAUCACAACCACGGGCUCCACGGCCACACCUUCCACUCCGGGGACGACUGGGAUCCUCACAGAGCCGACCACUACAACCAUCACAACAGUGGCCACAGGCUCCACAGCCCUGCCCUCCUCCACUCCGGGGACGACUGGAUUCCUCACAGAGCCAACCACCACUGCCACCAUAACUGUGGCCACUGGCUCCACGGCCAUCCCCUCCUCCACUCCAGGGAUGACCUCAAUCCUCACAGCGCCGACCACUACAGCCAUCACAACAGUGACCACGGGCUCCACGGCCACGCCCUCCUCCACUCCAGGGAAGACCUCAAUCCUCACAGAGCUGACCACUACAGCCAUCACGACAGUGGCCACGGGCUCCACGGCCACGCCUUCCACUCCGGGGACAACCAGGAUCCUCACAGAGCCGACCACUACAGCCAUCACAACAGUGGCCCCGGGCUCCACAGCCAUGCCCUCCUCCACUCCGGGGACUACUGGGAUCCUCACAGAGCCAACCACUACAACCAUCACAACAGUGGCCACGAGGUCCAUGGCCAUGCCUUCCUCCACUCCGGGGACGACCGGGAUCCUCACAGAGCCAACCACUACAACCAUCACAACAGUGGCCACAAGGUCCACGGCCACGCAUUCCUCCACUCUGGGGACAACCGGGAUCCUCACAGAGCCGACCACUACAGCGAUCACAACAGUGGCCACGGGCUCCACGGCCAUCCCCUCCUCCACUCCAGGGAUAACCUCGAUCCUCACAGAGCCAACCACUACAGCCAUCACAACAGUGGCCCCGGGCUCCACAGCCGCGCCCUCCUCCACUCCGGGGACGACUGGAAUCCUCACAGAGCCAACCACCACUGCCACCAUAACUGUGGCCACUGGCUCCACGGCCAUCCCCUCCUCCACUCCAGGGAUGACCUCGAUCCUCACAGAGCCAACCACUACAGCCAUCACAACAGUGGCCACGGGCUCCAAGGCCAAGCCCACCUCCACUCCGGGGACGACCGGGAUCCUCACAGAGCCGACCACCACUGCCACCAUAACUGUGGCCACUGGCUCCACGGCCAUCCCCUCCUCCACUCCAGGGAUGACCUCGAUCCUCACAGAGCCAACCACUACAGCCAUCACAACAGUGGCCCCGGGCUCCACAGCCACGCCCUCCUCCACUCCGGGGACGACUGGGAUCCUCACAGAGCCGACCACCACUGCCACCAUAACUGUGGCCACUGGCUCCACGGCCAUCCCCUCCUCCACUCCAGGGAUGACCUCGAUCCUCACAGAGCCAACCACUACAACCAUCACAACAGUGACCACGGGCUCCACGGCCACGCCCUCCUCCACUCCAGGGAAGACCUCAGUCCUCACAGAGCUGACCACUACAGCCAUCACGACAGUGGCCACGGGCUCCACAGCCACGCCUUCCACUCCGGGGACAACCAGGAUCCUCACAGAGCCGACCACUACAGCCAUCACAACAGUGGCCCCGGGCUCCACAGCCACGCCCUCCUCCACUCCGGGGACGACCGGGAUCCUCACAGAGCCAACCACUACAACCAUCACAACAGUGGCCACAAAGUCCACGGCCACGCCUUCCUCCACUCCGGGGACGACCGGGAUCCUCACAGAGCCAACCACUACAACCAUCACAACAGUGGCCACAAGGUCCACGGCCACGCAUUCCUCCACUCCGGGGACGACUGGGAUCCUCACAGAGCCGACCACCACUGCCACCAUAACUGUGGCCACUGGCUCCACAGCCAUCCCCUCCUCCACUCCAGGGAUGACCUCGAUCCUCACAGAGCCAACCACCACAGCCAUCACAACAGUGGCCACGGGCUCCACGGCCACGCCCACCUCCACUCCGGGGACGACUGGGAUCCUCACAGGGCCGACCACCACUGCCACCAUAACUGUGGCCACUGGCUCCACGGCCAUCCCCUCCUCCACUCCAGGGAUGACCUCGAUCCUCACAGAGCCAACCACUACAGCCAUCACAACAGUGGCCACGGGCUCCAUGGCCACGCCUUCUACUCCGGGGACGACUGGGAUCCUCACAGAGCCAACCACUACAGCCAUCACAACAGUGACCACGGGCUCCACGGCCACGCCCACCUCCACUCCAGGGACGACCGGGAUCCUCACAGAGCCAACCACUACAACCAUCACAACAGUGGUCACGAGGUCCACGGCCGUGCCUUCCUCCACUCCAGGGAUGACCUCAAUCCUCACAGAGCCAACCACUACAGCCAUCACAACAGUGGCCACGGGCUCCACGGCCACGCCCACCUCCACUCCAGGGACGACUGGGAUCCUCACAGGGCCGACCACCACUGCCACCAUAACUGUGGCCACUGGCUCCACGGCCAUCCCCUCCUCCACUCCAGGGAUGACCUCGAUCCUCACAGAGCCAACCACUACAGCCAUCACAACAGUGGCCACGGGCUCCACGGCCACGCCUUCUACUCCGGGGACGACUGGGAUCCUCACAGAGCCAACCACUACAGCCAUCACAACAGUGACCACGGGCUCCACGGCCACGCCCACCUCCACUCCAGGGACGACUGGGAUCCUCACAGAGCCAACCACUACAACCAUCACAACAGUGGCCACGAGGUCCACGGCCGUGCCUUCCUCCACUCCAGGGAUGACCUCAAUCCUCACAGAGCCAACCACUACAGCCAUCACAACAGUGGCCACGGGCUCCACGGCCACGCCCUCCUCCACUCAGGGGACGACCGGGAUCCUCACAGAGCCAACCACUACUACCGUCACAACAGUGGCCACGAAGUCCACGGCCGUGCCCUCCUCCACUCCAGGGAAGACCUCAGUCCUCACAAAACUGACCACUACAGCCAUCACAACCACGGGCUCCACAGCCACAGCUUCCACUCCGGGGACGACUGGAUUCCUCACAGAGCCAACCACCACUGCCACCAUCACUGUGGCCACUGGCUCCAUGGCCAUCCCCUCCUCCACUCCAGGGACGACCUCGAUCCUCACAGCGCCGACCACUACAGCCAUCACAACAGUGACCACGGGCUCCACGGCCACGCCCUCCUCCACUUCAGGGAAGACCUCAAUCCUCACAGAGCUGACCACUACAGCCAUUACGACAGUGGCCACGGGCUCCACGGCCAUGCCUUCCACUCCGGGGACAACCAGGAUCCUCACAGAGCCGACCACUACAGCCAUCACAACAGUGGCCACGGGCUCCACAGCCUCACCCUCCUUCACUCCAGGGACAACCGGGAUCCUCACAGAGCCGACCACUACAACCAUUACAACAGUGGCUAUGAGGUCCACGGCCACGCCCUCCUCCACUCUGGGGACGACCGGGAUCCUCACAGAGCCAACCACUACAGCCAUCACAACAGUGGCCACAGGCUCCACGGCCAUACCUUCCUCUACUCUGGGAACGACCAGGAUCCACACAGAACCAACCACCACUGCCACCAUAAGUGUGGCCACCAGCUCCACAGCCACGCCCUCCUCCACUCCGGCGUCAACUUGGUUCCUCACAGAGCCGACCACUACAGCCAUCACAACUAUGGCCUCGGGCUCCACAGCCACCCUGACCUCCACCCCGGGAACAACGUACUCUCCCAAAGUGUUGACCAUCACAGCCACCACACCCACAGCCACCAGCUCCAAAGCAACCCCCUCCUCCACUCUGGGGACGACCUGGAUCCUCACAGAGCCGACCACUCUAGCCACCCCGACUGAGGCCACUGGUUCCACAGCCACCAUACCCACAGCGCCCAGCUCCUCAGCAACCCCUUUCUCCAGCCCAGGGACUGCAGGCACCCUUCCAGUGCGGACCACUACAGCAACCACGACCAUGGCCACUAGGUCUACUGCCAUCCCCUCCUCCACUGUGGGAACAGCUGGCACCCCCAAAGUGCUGACCACCACGGCCACCAGGCCCACAGCCACUGGCUCCACGGUUCCCAGCUCGUCCACCCUGGGGACCACCCACACCCCUGCAGUGCUCCCCAGCAGCCUGCCAGCCUUCAGCAUGUCCACUGUGUCCUCCUCAGUCCUCACCACCCUCAGACCCACUCACUUCCCCAGCUCCCACUUCUCUACUCCCUGCUUCUGCAGGGCAUUUGGACAGUUCUUCUCACCUGGGGAAGUAAUCUACAAUAGGACAGACCGAGCCGGCUGCCAAUUCUAUGCCGUGUGCAACCAGCACUGUGACCUCGACCGCUUCCAGGGCACCUGCCCCACCUCCCCACCACCAGCGUCCUCCACCCUGCUGCCCUCGCCCUCCCCUGCCCCUGGCUGUGACAAUGCCAUCCCUCCCCGGCAGGUGAAUGAGACCUGGACCCUGGAGAACUGCACGGUGGCCAGGUGCGUGGGUGACAACCAUGUCGCCCUGCUGGACCCAAAGCCCGUGGCCAAUGUCACCUGCGUGAACAAGCACCUGCCCAUCAAAGUGUCCGACCCGAGCCAGCCCUGUGACUUCCACUAUGAGUGCGAGUGCAUCUGCAGUGUGUGGGGCAGUUCCCACUAUUCCACCUUUGACGGCACCUCUUACACCUUUGAGGGCAACUGCACCUAUGUCCUCAUGAGAGAGAUCCACGCACGCCUCGGGAAUCUCAGCCUCUACUUGGACAACCACUACUGCGCGGCCUCUGCCGCUGCCGCCAGCUGCUCCCGCGCCCUCAGGCUCCACUACAAGUCCAUGGAUAUCGUCCUCACCGUCACCACGGUGCAUGGGAAGGAGGAGGACUUGAUCCUGUUUGACCAAAUUCCGGUGAGCAGCGGUUUCAGCAAGAACGGCGUGCUUGUGUCUGUGACGGGGACCACCACCAUGCGCGUGGACAUCCCUGCCCUGGGUGUGAGCGUCACCUUCGAUGGCCACAUCUUCCAGGCCCGGCUGCCCUACAGCCUCUUCCACAACAACACCGAGGGCCAGUGCGGCACCUGCACCAACAACCAGAGGGACGAUUGUCUCCAGCGCGACGGAACCACUGCCACCAGCUGUAAGGACAUGGCUAAGACUUGGUUGGUCCCUGACAGCAGAAAGGACGGCUGCUGGGCCCCGACCGGCACGCCCCCCACGGCCAGUCCCCCGGCCCCGGUGUCUAGUGCACCCACCCCCAGCCCGUGCCCGCCGCAGCCACUCUGUGAUCUGAUGCUGAGCCAGGUCUUUGCCCAGUGCCACGACCUUGUGCCCCCGGGCCCAUUCUUCAAUGCCUGCAUCAGCGACGGCUGCCAGGGCCACCCCGAGGUGCCCUGCCAGAGCCUGGAGGCCUACGCAGCUCUUUGCCGUGCCCGGGGAGUGUGCAGUGACUGGCGAGGUGCAACCGGCGGCCUGUGCGAUCUCACCUGCCCACCCACCAAAGUGUACAAGCCGUGCGGCCCCAUACAGCCUGCCUCCUGCAACUCCAGGAACCAGAACCCACAACUGGAGGGGCUGGCGGAGGGCUGCUUCUGCCCCGGGGACCAGAUCCUCUUCAGCGCACACACGGGCACCUGCGUGCAGGACUGCCCCUGCGUGGGACCUGAUGGGCUUCCCAAGUCUCCUGGGCAGCAGUGGAUCAGCAACUGCCAGUCCUGCGUGUGUGAUGAGGGUUCAAUGUCGGUGCAAUGCAAGCCCCUGCCCUGUGAGGCCCAGGGUCCCUCCUCACCAUGCAGCCACCCCGGUUUCGUGACCGUGACCAGGCCCCGGGCCAACAACCCCUGUUGCCCCGAGACGGUGUGCGUAUGCAACACAAGCACCUGCCACCAGAGCCCACCCGUGUGCCCGCUAGGGCAGGAGUUGAUCAGCACCCAGAAGGAGGGCGACUGCUGUCCCACCUUCCGCUGCGGACCUCAGCUGUGUUCCUACAAGGGCAUCUUCUAUGGGGUUGGUGCAAUCUUCCCAGGGGCCCUUCCCUGCCACACGUGUACCUGCCUCUCUGGGGACACCCAGGACCCAACGGUGCAAUGUUGGGAGGAUGCCUGCCACAAUACUACCUGCCCCCAGGGCUUUGAGUACAAGAGAGCGGCCGGGCAGUGCUGUGGGGAGUGCGUGCAGACUGCCUGCCUCACGCCCGAUGGUCCGCCAGUCCAGCUGAACGAAACCUGGGUCAAUAGCCGUGUGGACAACUGCACCGUGUACCACUGUGAGGUCGAGAGCGGAGUCUAUUUGCUGACCCCACAGCCUGCAUCCUGCCCAGAAGUGUCCAGCUGCAGGGGGAGCCUCAGGAAAACCGGCUGCUGCUACUCCUGUGAGGAGGACUCCUGUCAGGUCCGCGUCAACACAACCGUCCUGUGGCACCAGGGCUGCAAGACUGAGGUCAACAUCACCUUCUGUGAGGGCUCCUGCCCCGGAGAGUCCAGGUACUCGGCAGAGGCCCAGGCCAUGCAGCACCAGUGCACCUGCUGCCAGGAGAGACGGGUCCACGAGGAGACGGUGCCCUUGCGCUGUCCCGACGGCUCGACUGUCCUGCACACCUACAACCAUGUGGAUGAGUGUGGCUGCACGCCAUUCUGUGUCCCUGCGCCCAUGGCUCCCAUAUACCCCCCCGGCUUCCUGGCCCAGGAGGCCACUGCCGUCUGAGGAUGUUCUGCCUCCAUCCCCAUGCUCUGUCCACCUGGAGCCAGGACGUGCAUUGCCUGAUCAUGAAAACCUUGGGCCUGCUCUGCGGAGCCCCCUGGCCUCUGUGUGUGGCACCCCGUGCCUCUGUGCUCCUGCUGCCCACCCUGUGGGUAAAACCGGACCCUGGAAGGGUGAGGGGCCAGCAGGACCCCUUUCAGGAGGGCACCACUCAGGAGUCAUGUCCUGGGAGAGCCUGUGGCCCACCUUGGCCUUGCCCCUCCUUGAUGUCACUGGGACGCCCUGGAACAAGCUAAGCGUGUGCGGGCCUGUGUGUCCCUGCCAUGGCCAGAGUCCCCAGGCAGCAUGGAUUCUGGCUGGCCACAUCCGGCCACUGGGGCACAGACAGGCUGGUCCAGGCAAGGCCGGCUGCUGCCAGGAAGCUGCGCUAGACCUGCCUGCUGCAGGGUACCUCGGGGCUGAGGUCACAAUGGCCAGGUCAGAGAGAGGUCGGCAUCCCAAAGCCCCCUCUGCUCAACCCAGCCCAGUUUUGCAAAUAAACGCUGAGCAUCGAGUA